AGAGAGUCUCAGUAUUUGGAACACUCACCCCUCCCCUCUCAUCCCUUGCAUCACCUGACAAGGGCCAGGGUUAAUGGUCAUUUCUGAAGGCAUCAACUUUCUCUAAAACCCUCCCUCUCGCUGCUCAAAUACACUAAGCCCGUUUCUCCACCAUUAUUUCUUGCACUCUUGGGAUGACAAGCCCACCAAAGAAAGUGAUCUCUUUCGUGGGGAUUCUUCUUAAGUUUCUCCAUUGAUCCGUUUUCUUCUUCCUUUGUUCCCAUAUCUCCAUAAAAAGCUGUACUGAGUUUGAAGAAGAAGGAAAAAAAAUUGGUCUUGUUCUUCUGUUUGGUGGAAGGGAUGAGUAAAGAAGACGAUAUCAAGUUCCUCAAGAUACAGACCUGUGUUCUCAAAGUGAACAUACACUGCGAGGGAUGUAAGAAGAAGGUGAAGAAAUUGCUUCAGAAAAUUGAUGGAGUGUACACCACCGCCAUAGAUGCAGAGCAAGGGAAGGUAACUAUUUCAGGCAAUGUUGAUCCUGCCACCCUCAUAAAAAAGCUUGCAAAGGCUGGCAAGCAUGCAGAGCUGUUGGCUCCAAAGGGUGGCAGCAACAGCAACAGCAACAGCCAAUCCCAGAAGCCACAGCGUGAGCAAGGGAAAGGGCAGCCCAAGGACAAUGGAAAACCUCAGAAGGGCGGAGGUGGUGGUGGGAAUGGUGGAAAAGACCACAAGGGCCAGCAACCACCAGCACCGCCGGCGCCGCAGCAGCAGCAGCGACAACAACCACUGCAACAACAAUUCCAGCAGCUACAGCAGAUGAAAGGUUUCGAAGAUCUGAAGCUGCCGCAAUUCAAGGACCUGAAGCUCCCCUUCCCGAAGGAUCAGAAACCUGUGAACUUCGCCCCUCUCCCCGAAGACUGCGGCAGCGAUGGCGAUGAUUUCGAUAACUUUGAUGAUGAGGACCUGGAUGUUAUGGAUAGUUUCGAUGCUGACUUUGAUGAGGAUUUUAAGAACAUCAAGAUCAAGCCCAUGAACGCACCACCCAAUGGGAAUGGGAUGAAUGAUAAGAAGGGUGGCGGCGGUGGCGGUGGGAGUGCCAAGAAAGGUGGUGGUGUUGGAGAUGCCAUGGUGCAAAACAAGAGCAUGGGUGUUAACAAUGAGCAGAAGAAUGGCAAUGGUGGCGGCGGCAAAAAUGGUGGCAGCGGUGGUGGAAAUCAGAACCAGGGUGCUGGCAAUGCUGGCGGUGGAGCUUCUGCCAAGAAUGGUGGCGGCGGCGGGAAGAAUGGUGGUGGGCCUGGGGAACAGGAUAAUAAGAAUGGAGGGAAUAAUAAGGCCACUCCCAAUGGCAAUGGCAAUGGCAACGGUAAUGGUGGGAACAAUAGCAACAAUCCAGCCAGUGGAGGCAAGGAUGGUGGCGGGGGCCAUCCAGCGAUGAAUCCCAGAAUGAUGGGCCAAGGCUUCCCUGGCAUGGGCUUGGGCCAAAUGGGGAACAUGCAAGCUCUCAUGGCCCAGAUGGGGAGCUUCCCACCUGCGAUCCAGGGCCUUCCAGCCGGCGUCCCACAGCCUGGAUACGUUCAAGGGGGGAUGGUGGUGCCGACGCCGCCUCCGCCGCCGCAGCCGGAGAUGAUGGCUGCUGCAUAUCCAUACCAGCAGCAGUACUUGGCUGCAAUGAUGCAGCAGCAGCAGCAGCAGCAGCCGAGGAUGAUGAAUGGCCAGGAUCAUCCAUAUCAGCCGAUGAUGGGGUACGCCCGACCACCGCCGCCGCCAAUUUACAACAUGUACCAGCCACCACCACCGCAGGGUGAGCCAUAUACCGACUUCUUCAGUGAUGAGAACCCCAGUAGCUGCUUAAUUAUGUGAAGCAAUAUAAGAUUAUGUGGGCUAUGCUCUGCUUCUUAAUCUCCUUGCCCAUCUCUUUGAAGCUCUCUGGGUGGAGGGAAGAGGCAUACUAGAACUUCUGCUGCAUAUAGAUGGAAAAUGGGUAAUUUAGUAUUUUUAUCUUUAUUUUCUUUUAAUUUUUCAUUAGUGAAAUGUUUUCUCUCCGUCUCAAGUUGAAGUUAGGUCAAAGGCAUAUAUAUAUCUAUGUAGGGUUUAAUUAUAAUAUCUUAUCUUUUGGGAGCUAGGGGUUGUUUGGUCCUCUUAUGCUCGCUAUAACAUGUGAAUGGAGUACAAAGUGAAUGUAAUGGGAGGCUAGCUUCUGGAGAGCUUUAAAAAGCUUUCAUUGUUAUGUGUCGCAAGUCGGAGAACAAUAAUAAUAGAAAUGGUGGAACUUCCCAUCCAUUGCAGAUGAA